CAAGUCGGUGUGAACGUGUAGCAAAGUCAUGCAAUUCCACGUCAUCUAUUCUUACUCGGCUUUCCUGUAAUUAAUGGGGUGUAUGGAGUAAUUAAUUUCUCAGCCCUACCAGUAAAAUCUUUGAGUUCUUCCUACAGAUCAAAGAAAACUUUCUCUUUUUUUAUUCAACAAUGGAUGCUAUUGACCAAGUUUUUGAUCCAUUGAGAGAUUUCGCUAAGGACAGUGUUCGUCUCGUUAAGCGUUGCCACAAACCCGAUCGCAAAGAAUUUACAAAAGUUGCCUUCCGUACUGCUAUUGGGUUCGUGGUUAUGGGAUUUGUUGGAUUCUUCGUCAAACUUAUCUUUAUUCCCAUCAACAAUAUCAUUGUUGGAUCUACUUAACUGAAGUCAAUGAACGAGAAUAAUGCGCAAUCACAUGAUUAGUAACGAGUACAAUUACUCCGAAGCAGUUGAAGAAUUGAAAAGGCUACGAGAUUAAAUAGUCGUUCUAUGUAAUUUUCUGCCUUUUUUUAGGAUUACUAUCUUGUAUUGUUAGGACUAAUUUUCACUAUUUUUAGGGGUAUUUUUAUGUACCGUAAUUUAUGAACUUGUAAUUAGAAUUGUAAUUUUUAUUCAUCAAUUUGGAAUAUUGAGAAUUUUGGAGGGAAUGAAUAAAUUAAAAUGGAAAUGAAA